AGUGCUGAUAAGAAAACUGUGUAAUGCCUUCAUUACGCCCGAUAAGGAUAAAAAAUGGCAGCCUACAUAAAAUGGUGUAUUCGUGUUUUCAUCAUUUCCAGUUUAUUUGCGAACGCAUUGUGUUGCCCUAGUGGAUGGAUGACACAUGGUUCUUCUUGCUACCAUUUCAGCCAUGACACUGAGGAUUGGAUUGGAGCAUUGCAAUUUUGCCGGGAACUGAAAGGUCAAUUGGUAGAAAUAAAUGAUGCUAGUGAAAAUACGUUCUUGGAAGCCGAGGUAAAGCUUCGGAAAAAUAGCUUCUGGAUAGCGCUCUCUGAUGUUGAGGAGGAGAGUACCUGGAUUUGGAUGAACAGUCGACAACCACUCAGAUCUAGUAGUUUUAAUGACUGGAUUCCUGGGCAACCAGACAACUACGGAGCAGACGAGAAUUGCGCGUGCAUUUAUUCGCAAGCCAAUUACCAGUGGAACGACUAUCCUUGUCAUGAAAAUAUACAUUACAUUUGCGAAAUGGCAGAUGACUCCACAGAAGUUGUUGGAUAGUGAAAUAAUGGUAUACGCCUCUAAACAUUUUUGUAACGAAAAUGAAAAUAAAUAUUGCAGACACAAA